UCCAAUCACACUAACCAGAGAUGAAAAAGAGGAGGGGCUUCUGCGCGUAAUGUGGAAGUGGCGGUUGUUUCAGUAUGGCGUCUGUUGCUGAGGGCGCAAACGGCAAUGGAUUUUACUGGAUUCAUGACAAGUCAGAUGAAGAGCAGCCCAUGGGUUUUGUUUCAGGGAUGAGCAAGAAUGCCGGUCUGAAGGUUGGGUCUGCAAAUAAUACAGAGGGAAAGAUAAAAAGAAGAGCUAGCAGCAUGGAUAAAAGUAGGAAAAAAACAGGAUUGCAUUCAGCAGUGCAAAGUGCUGAGAUGAUGAUAGGUAAAGCUUUAGAUCAGAAGGUGCCUUCUGUUAUAUCCAAAUCCAAAAUCACUACACCUGCACCAGAACCGGAUCUGCCUUCUCUCACUUUAUCUCAGCCUCUCUUCAGGGCUGCUCAAGCCAAAAGUAAGCCAUCAUUGAAGGAUCUCUGCCCAGAGGACAAGCGUCGGAUUGCCAAACUCAUCGAGGAGCUGGCCAGAGUUAGUGAGGAAAAAGAGGAGUCUGUACAGAAACUCAGGGAUGAACAGGAGACUUUUGAGAAAAAAAUCCAACAGCUAGAGCAACAAAACCAACUCAUCAUACAAGAGAGAGAAAGCCUGCAGCAGCAGUACCGAGAGUGUCAGGAACUGCUGGGACUCUAUCAGCAAUACCUCUCCCAACAGCAAGAAAAACUCAACAAGUCUAUCACCCUGCUCAAUCAGUCCUGCUCCCAUAGCAAGAUUCCUAGUAGCGAGGGGGUGGCCAGGAGGUCUUGGGGUGAAAGAGGAUCUGCUUUAGAUGGAUCUUACUUGGACCUCCCUUCAUCAGGAAGCAAAACUGAUAGACGUGGGUCAGUAGAGUGCACUCAUUCGUUUUCAGCUGGACUGGUCAGUGCACCCUCCAGCAGAGACCAGAAUGGUGAAAUCCAUGACAGGCACACCAAUCACAAUUCUGAAGCUGGACGUAAUGAUCUCAGGGAAAGGGAACCCUCAGCCUGUGAUGCCCUGAGGCUGCAUGGUGCCUCUGAACCCAAGUGCUCUCAUCAGUGCCACAGAAUGGAAAAUGAUGGCAUGUGCGGUGCUAAUCAAACUGGAAUAGCACCACUGUCUGGUCGGGAGAACUGGGAAGAGAAACGACAAUGUUUGCUCCUGCAGAAGAAACAGCUGGAGAUGGAGAGGGAGAGAAUUCAAGCUCGAUUGGCUCAACAGGAAGAGAAACUUUUGCUCCAGAACAAGCAACUCCGCCAGUCAUACCUUCAGUACAGCAAGCUUCAGCAAGCUACCACAACUGACUUUGAGAGACCUCUAAAUGGAGACAGCAGUUUAAAUGAGGGUCAACAAUCCAGUUUUGUAAUGGAUCGGUGGACACACAGAAGUGAAAUAAAAGAAGAGUCACACACUUUGCCAGGAAAUGUUCGACCUUCGUUAAGUAAAAUACAGUCACAGCAACACACAUCAAGUGUUGAACAGUCUGCAUCCAAGAUUUCACAAGAUAUCUCCAUUAACAAGAAGGAUAUGGCCACCUCUCCUGUGGUUCCACAAUGCUUCCGGACAUCUGCUCUUCCCAAAAUUACUCCUCUUGGCCUUCCUAGCACUCCAAAGUCUUCGAGGUUGGACGACUCUUUGAUUGAGCUGUUGGACAUUAUCAGCCCUGUAUCCAACCCAGAAAGGAACCGAAUCAACCCCUCAUCCCGGAGGAGUUUCGUCGCACCUCAGUCCUUUCAGAAGACUCUUCUCUCUCCUUUUGGCCCCAAUCGGUCCUUUUUGCAAGACCUGGAGGAGAGUGAGAUCUUAGAAGACAUCUUUUUCAUCUGUUGAAGGGUUAUAAUGGCCUCACAGAUUGAUUGUAGGAAUAACUGAAUUUGAAUGAUCAUUGAUUAUUAUUGUGCUCUUAAUUCUGCCUUUUAAAUCUCUUUUUAGUGUCUUGACAUAAUUAUGGUCUUUUUUUUGUGUGCUAUUGACGUAUUCAAGGUUUAUUUUUGCCUUAAUAAAAUGUGUUGAUUAAUAAA